CUCUGCCCCCCGGACUCGAAGACAUUAUUUGACGAGCUGAUCACGUACGAUCAGAGAGCAAUGGUCAACGGCCGACGAGUCCAGAGGCUCUACCUCAUCGCGAUCCUUUUCAUCGCACAGGUGCUCAAUGAUUCCGGAGUCGAGAGUCACGGCCGCAUGAUGGACCCGCCAUCCCGCAACAGCAUGUGGCGGUUCGGAUUUCCAAAUCCCGUGAAUUACAACGACAACGAACUCUUCUGCGGCGGGUAUGCAGUUCAAUGGGUUCAGAACGAGGGUCAGUGCGGAGUAUGCGGUGACGCCUACCACACGAGUGAACCUCGUCCUCACGAAGCUGGAGGUGAAUUCGCAAAGGGGACGAUAGUCAGGCAUUACACAGUCGGUCAGGAAAUCGAUAUUGAGAUUGAGCUGACGGCGAACCACUGGGGACGUUUCGAGCUCUACUUGUGCCCCAACAACAAUCCGAACAGCGAGGCGACCCAGGACUGCUUCGACAGAUAUCCUCUCUACUUGUCUGGAACAAACGAUGUGCAGUUCAUUAUUCCAACGGACAGUGAGAAGAAAGCCAUCUUUCGAUACCAGGUCGUUUUGCCGCCAUACGUCACUUGCUCACAGUGUGUAAUUCAGUGGAAUUAUUAUACAGGUAACAUGUGGGGACUUUGCGACAAUGGAACAGAAGCUGUCGGUUGUGGACAACCUGAGACAUUCAGGAAUUGUGCGGAUGUUAGCAUAGUCACCAGUACAGCCGGAGUUCCGCCGCUCUUCGUGCAACAGGACAAUCCCUUCUUGCUCUACUACAGAGACUAUCGCGCUCCGAACAAUAUCUUCCCAUUAGUGAUUAGGUCCCAAGUUUGCGUACCGACACCGCUGUACCGUCGUAUUCCAGGAAUGGACGAAUGGUGCCAAACAAACUGCCUUCGGUAUCCACCAAAUUGUCCCGAAAGCAUAUGUCAAUGCCCAAACACUUGUGACGCUAUUGGUGAAAUUGAGGCUAAAGAGGGCGCUGACGUUUACUGCUUGGACAAGUGUUUGGUCUAUCCAUCGGAUUGUCCAGCCCACCGUUGUCGCUGCUAUUAAAUUUUGUUUGGCACGCCUUGAUUACGAACUUGACGAAUUGAGAAUCCCUGAAUUCUUCAAGCGCACCACAAUGGUCUGGAUUAUUCCGGCACCAGCGUUCAUUCUAACGUUCUACACCUCCCUCAAAAUUAUGACGCAAUCUCCCUACCGGUUCGUUUCUAUUUUCCGUUAGAAAAGUUUCUAUAAUGUAUCAUUACGCAUUUGUACAGAUUUUCUUAAGCCUGGAUUAAAAAUACACUUGAAGAAUUAA